AUGCUUCGCCGUCUCGUCACGCGCCCCGUGUUCGCCAAACGCUUUGUGGCGGCGGGCUACCUCACGCUCUCCCCCGCCCGCCUCCAGGCCGCGGCCUCAAGUGGCAGUGAGGCCACUGCGGGGAGCAACACCAACACUAGCGGCUCCGCGCCGACAUGGCGCCGCCCAACGCUGGCCCAGCAACGCGCCCGCCGCUUGCAGCUGCCGCCCGCGUUUGAUGUUGUGCACUGGGACAACGAGGACAUGAGCCGUGGGCACCUCUUGCGGGUGCUGCACCGCGACAGCUUUGUUGUCCUCGACUACCACCGCCAGGUGAGGAAAACGGGGGAGGAGGGCAACAAGGCAGAACGCUUCGUGUCGGUGAUGCUGCCGGCGGUGUACACAGCCCGCUUCCUCGGCGUGCUGGAGGGCCGCAUGGAGCAGGUGGAGGUGCAGUCGCGCUUCACCAACGCCGUCUUCGCCCCCAACCCGGGGGAGCCGCACACGUUCACCCUCAAGUGCACCUCGACGCGGCCUCCGCAGCAGCAGCAGUCGUCGCAGGGCGGCGGCGGCGGCGAGGAGGAAACGUUUGACUGGACGGUGCCGUUUGACGCCGCGGAGUCGCUGAUGCUUCACCGCUUUCUCUCGCAGGCGCUGCACUACAACACCGGAUUCGCCCGCACGAUCGUGUAG